CAUUCACUGCGUCAAAAAAAAAAAAAAAACUCUAUCACAUUCACCGGUCCCUCAAUUCCUCGCGCUCUGCAACUAACACACAGUUCAAUUCGAUAAACCUUCGACAUUCUUCAAUGGAUGUAAAAUCUUUAGCAAAAUCGAAGCGAAAUCACACACAACAUAACAAAAAGCAUCAUGCUAAUCACAAACCCAAACUUCAACCACAAUCACACUCUCCAUUUCCUUCAUCUUCAAAUCCUAACCAAAACGGCGCCGUAAAAGAACGAGCAAUCGAGAAGAAAACCAAUCGUUCAAAGAGAGAUUCUUCUGCACUUCCCGGAAAUUGGGAUCGAUAUGAAGAAGAGGAAUUGGAUUCUGUUCCUGAAAUUGGAAGCAAAACCCUAGAUGUUGUUGUUCCCAAAAGUAAAGGCGCUGAUUUUCGUUUUCUUGUUGCUGAAGCUCAGUCUAAUGCUGAUAAAACUCUUGAUGGUUUCAAUGAAGCUCUUCCUUGGGAGUUUGGUGUGGGAUUAAGCUCUAUACUCGAAGUUCGGGGAGAGGGAAUUGUGUCAUGGGUUGGAGAUGAUAAUUUUGUUGUACAGGAUAAGACUAGUGCAUAUCAGGAGGCAUCAUUUAUUUCCUUGAAUUUGCAUGCUAUUGCUGAAAAGCUGGCUAAAGUCGACUUAUCAAAGAGAUUAUUUAUUGAGCCUGACCUGUUACCCUCUGAGUUGUGCGUGGAAGAUUUGGCGGUGAGCAGUGAUGAACCUGGUGUACACGAAACUGCAGAGGACUGUGAACUAGCUAAUAGAAUGUCUAAAGAAUUAAAUUUAGAUAAUUUUGCAGCAGAUCAGUUUACAUCAUCUAGUUCUUGUAGCAGUAGCCAUGCUGCUUCUACACCGGCCCUAUCCGAUGACUUUCUCAUUCCUGUGAGCAACAUCAAUGUUGAAUUUCAGCAGGUUGGCAGUUCUGGUGAAAAUAAAGCAUUUCAACCUAGUGCAGAAACUAAUUUACAUUCCAUUGAAGAUACAGCAGUGAAACACUCAACAUUUGAGGCAACUGCUGUUGAAGAAGAUCUGGAUAUGCUUCUAGAUUCACUUGAUGUGACCAAGUCCAGUGCCUCCUUUACUGUUCCGUUGGGAGAUCUUCCUCAGAUUUCAAAUAAAGAGCCAGUUCAAUCCAGGAUUGCAUCAGUUACUGCCAGUCUGGAUGAUGCACUUGACGACUUACUAGAGGAAACAUCCACUUUGAUGAAGCCAAAUGUUUUAUCAUGGCCACAAGAAGAAAAACAUGUCCAUCACAGCAUUCUAUCUUCACAUUCCCAAAACAAGUCGAAAGUUUCAGAUGAUUUUGAUUCAUGGUUUGAUUCACUUUGAUUAGUCAAGUUUUAUAAUUCUUGCCUAUGUAUAACGUGAUGUGUUCAUUGCUGCUUUUGAGAGUGGCCUGGUGAUUGAAAAAUGGCUUUCUUCCUGACCUUUUACUUACCCAUAAAUUGUUCCUUUGGUCGAGGUUUGAAUCAACGAGCACAGUUACAACUCUAACCAUCAUGUACAUGAUUUGCUACAUGAAACACUUCAACUCAUUCGCUCAAAGUUAUUGAUCCAUGCUUCAGUCUAGUCAACAAUAUCUUCAUGCAAGGGAAGGAUUCACUGACAAUCACGUCAUCUUUUACAAUACGGAUGGCUAACCAUCAGCAUUCAAAUCUAGGUCAGGCAUUUAAUUGUGGCUUAGCCGUAAAUGAGGAAGAUAUUUAAAGCUCAAACUUACUGAUGGCUAGGGUCAUGUUUGGAUAUAGUUUACUGCCGUGGUUUGUUUUGACACGCAAAUAUUCUUUUACUUUUAAUUAAAAUCAUGAUUUAAGAAUAGUUUAAAUUUAAUGUGAUUUUGUCAAAUAUUAAUGUGGUAGAAAUCCAAUUUAUACACUUUAUACUA